AUGCGUUUUCGGCAGGGAUUUAACCUCGAAGCGACGCCGAGAGCGAGUGCCAGCCCAAGGAUGUCAGACGGGGCGCGGGACGUGCAGGUACAUUCCUCUCCGGCGGUGGCAGCGAACGCAGAGGGAGAGGAGAUCGAGGUGUUGGAGAGCACGGAUGUCCUUCCCGUGGCCCCAGAGGACCAAUGGAAAUCUCUUUUCGACAAGUAUGACCCUGAAAGCUCGGGCUUCAUCAGCACAGAGCGCUUCAGAGACCUGCUGGCAGCCCACGGCUCAGAGCUGGAUCCCCAUAAGCUGGAGGUGCUGCUGGCUCUGGCAGAUGGCAACGCCGAUGGCAAGAUCUGCUACCAAGACUUCGUCAAUCUGAUGAGCAACAAGCGUUCCAACAGCUUCCGCCGCGCCAUCCUGCAGGGGGGCCGGCAGCUCAAGGGGGCGUCCCUGAAGGAGGAGGUGGGGCUGGGCCUGUCCCAGCGGCUGGUGCGUCACAUCGCCUACGAGACGCUGCCCCGGGAGAUCGACCGCAAGUGGUACUUCGACAGCUACACCUGCUGCCCGCCGCCUUGGCUCAUUCUGGCCAUCACCAUCGCGGAGGUGGCAGUGUUCAUAUACUAUGGCUUUCAGCUGGACCGCUGGGUGCUGCAGGUGUCUCACCCGCUCUUCAUGAAGGGUCCCCUGCCCUAUCACCCCCAGCUGCGGGCUCAGGCCUGGCGCUACCUCACUUAUGUCUUCAUGCACGCAGGGAUAGAACACCUCGGGCUCAACAUGGCCAUGCAGCUGCUGGUGGGGGUGCCUCUGGAGAUGGUCCACGGCGCAGUGCGGAUUGGCCUGGUCUAUGUGUGCGGGGUCCUGGCAGGCUCCCUGGCUGUGUCUGUGGCUGACAUGACUGCACCAGUAGUGGGGUCAUCAGGAGGGGUCUACGCCUUGGUCUCCGCCCACCUUGCCAAUGUCGUCAUGAACUGGUCUGGGAUGAAGUGCCAGUUCAAGCUCUUCCGGAUGGCCAUGGCUCUGGUCUGCAUGAGUGUGGAGUUUGGACGGGCCGUGUGGCUUCGCUUCUACCCCCCAGCCUUCCCCCCCUGCCCCAACCCCAGCUUCGUGGCCCACCUCGGUGGGGUGGCGGUGGGGUUGACCCUCGGGGUUGUGGUCCUCCACAACUACGAGCAGCGCCUGCAGGAGCAGUCCCUCUUCUGGAUCUUCUUCUUCGUCUACACCCUCUUCGUCCUCUGCGCCGUCUUCUGGAACGUCUUCGCCUACGGCCUGCUGGACGUCAAGCUACCUCCCACUCCCUGA